AGUAGGAAAGAAAAAUGUAUAAUUUAAUAGAAGGUCGACAUCAAGCCGUGAUGAACGGAGACGUCCCUUUCUUUUCCGACGGAAAUUUAAUAGUACAAGAUAUACAAAAUAACAUUUUUACUGUACCUGUAUGUGAGGAGACGUUAAAGUUCUUUAACCUGCAAUUUAUUUCUGAUGAGAAAUCGUCCAUACCCGACAACGGCAGUUUAAAUAAUUCUAACACUAAUGAACAGAGUGAGUCAACAGUCUCAUCUACAGCCUGUUGGAAAGAUGACAAUGAAGUUAAAUAUCUUAUUUAUCUUUGGCGAGACCACCAAAAUAAUUUCAAAAGUAAGAAGAGUCGAAAUGUGUGGACUCUAAUCUGCCAAGAAUUAAAAAAAGCCUCUCCUAUAUGGAACAAAAAAACUCCUAUUCAAUGCGAAAACAAGUGGAAAGAUUUAAAACGGAAAUACAUGGAAACAAAAGAUCACAAUAACAAGUCUGGGAAUGAUCCUAAAACUUGCAAAUUUUUUAAAGAAUUAGAAGAGGUUUUGGGCGAAAAGCCAUGUGUUAAACCGAUUGCUAUCGCCUCUAAUCUUAAUAGGAAGAGAACAUUAAGUUCUAAAAAAGAAAAUGAUUUUGAGAAAGUGAAUGAAAGUUCUGAGUCAUCGAUCCAGACCCAAGAAACUCCUAAACAAAAGAAAAGGAUGACCAGAGUUCAACGAGAGCUGAAAGAUUGGUCUGCUGCUCUUCUUGCCGAUGUGAAAGUUCGAGAGGAAGCUAAGGAGCGACGUCAUAAAGAAGCUAUAGCUGAAUCAAAGGCAGCGAUUGAAGUGUACAAAGAGGUUGGGGAAAUUGAUCGAUAA